AUGAACACAACAGAUACUGACCAUGAAAAAGAUGAACCGGCUCCCUCUAAAUCAAAGCCUGAUGCAAAUUCAAAGGGCCCAGAAGCCUCAAUUGAACAUAUGCUAUAUAUUCUAGGAGGAUAUAAUUUGGCUCCUACCCCGCUUCCCCCAAAUUUGAUAUCACAGUGGUCAAUCACUGACAUUGACACCAACCAACCCUGUGAAUUUUGUAAUUAUAAGAAAUCUAAAAUCAACUUCCCAAGAGUUGACGUAGAUUUUAAAGCCAGAAAAAUCAAUUUUGUAUCAUUAAAGAGAGCUUGUGAUCGGUGCUAUAGAAUAAUAGACCUAAAAGGGCUUUUAGAUUUAGUAAUAGGAAGUUUUGGUGAUAAAAAGGAGGAGUUUAUUGUAGCAUAUAACCAUUUUCUCACCACCAAUAAAUUAAAGGAAUACAGUGAUAAUCCAGAACCCAAGUCCUUAAAAGGCCUUAGCCCAGAAAAUAACACCAUUUUUCAAGAUUUAGUGUCAAUGGCAUACAGUUUAUACCUGAUUAUGAGGUUAGUUUAUCAGAAUUUUAAAAUUCGUAGCGACAUAAAUUGGGAAUAUUGCAAAAAUGAGGAAAAGCCUGAGAAUACUGUCUAA